CGGUGCUGAGCGAGAGGCUGAUUCUGCUGUCCUUCCUGGAGCAGAGCCAAGUGGCUGCAGUCUACCUGAACAGAAAGAACCAGGACUCCCCAGAGACUGGCAGGCGAACAGACAAACUCUCACCCUCUGAAAUCAAGGUGAUGUCCGUGGAGGUGGGCGGACGAGGUCGAAGACUCCACAGACACGUGAGCCUCAACCGUCUCCAGGACGUGGCGCUCUGCUGGUGGAACCUGGACGAACCCGGUGAGGAGCCGUGGCCCUGGACUCCCACCAACACGCAGAGGAACAACCUGGCUCUGCUCAGCUGCUCUCCUACCGAAGGCCUCAAGGUCCUCAGCUCUGUCCGGACUGAAGGUCACCCCCUGGAUUGCCGCUUCAGCCUGCUGCAGCCCUACCAGGUGCUGACCGUAGAACUACCUGCAGGACCUCCAGGAUCCAGAGAAGGUUCCUGGGCCGACACCUGCACGUACGAAUGUUCACGAGGACGUCUGCACCGCCUGUCCGUCACCCGCAUCCCGCUCCCAUCCCGCCCCAUCUCCUGCUCCCGUCACCCCUCCGAGACCACGCUGCUCCUGGGCUUAAGCGACUCCUCCUUAGUCCUUUACGACCAGCGGCGGGGGGUCUCUCUCCUGGCCUCCUGCCCCGUGCCGCCCACCCUCCUCGCCUGGCACCCCGCUGGGGCUGUUGUCGUGGUGGGAGGGGGGCAGGAGGAGCUGAUGUGCUUUGAUGUGGGCUUGGCACCUGUGAGCGUGGCUCUGGUAGCCGAGGAGGUAGCUUCAGCUGCCACGUUAAGACUAGCUCAGCACCUGCGCUGCUCUGGAGGCCUGGCGGGACUGCAGUGGGGGAGUGGCCUGGACGGAGGCCCAGACGGGACAGAUAUGCUGACACUGGCCUUCCAUGGGGGACCGCUAGCUGCCUUGAGAUUCAGACUGGGAGCUCUUACUGGGGGCCAGAUGGGUCUGGGGGAGCUGCUGCAGCAGAGACUGCGCUGCGGUCAGGUCAGGGAGGCUCUGGGCGUCCUGGAGGCCAUGGACUGGAGCACCACGGGGGAGGAGUGCUACCGAGGCCUGGGCUCGGUCACCAACCACCUGCUGAGGCUGGAGCUCAACGCAGACAGAGAGGCCCAGCUAGAGGCAGCUCUGGGUGUGUUUUAUGCCCCACCUGCCCCUCUCUCUGAUACAGUGAUACUGGAGUACAGGGAGCCAAUCAGCAAAUAUGCCCGCCGCUUUUUUCACCACCUCCUCAGGCACCAGCGUUUUGAGAAGGCCUUCCUCCUCGCGGUAGAUUUAGAAGACAGAGAUCUGUUCAUGGACCUCCAUUAUGUUGCCGGUGAUAAGGGCGAGGUGGUGCUAGCGGAUGUGGCCAAGAGGAAAGCUAAUGAAAUCGAGGCCCAGGCCGUCGCAGGCAACGGUAAGAAAAUAAUCAUCGCGUCUAACCAGAAAGACGACUCGUUAUUUCUCCUCACAUCUGAAACGCGAGGUGGAUGCUCGAUAACCUCCGUAACUCGCCCACCGUGA